GGUCCUUCGUUUGAUCAGCUCGGUAAAGUGAGUCCGUGAACUUAACGGUAAGUGUUUCGGUGGUAAUGGAAGAGAACUCCCGUUCGUAUUUCCUGGUGGUUGUGGCGGGUCCUCGCCGUCCCGGGUUCCCGUCCCGUAACCUUCUUCCUCCUCCUCCUUCUCCCCCGGUCGGAUGCGUGCCGACACUACUUACCGGCCAGAGGAGCAUUUCCUGUCAUUGACACAUUAUUACGUGUUCUUCUUGUCGUGUGACCACAGUGCUGGUGUUCACUCAGUCUUUGGACAGAGGUGUGUCCCCCUCCCUCAGUGCAAGGACCUGUGAGCAGGAACCUCAGAUGAAGGGGACACCUACCAUGAGUCUCCUGAGCCCUGAUUUGAGGGCGCGUGGUUAGUAGUUGUGAGAUGGUUAGCACGGUUUAAACGGCGUCUUCGCUGAGGUCAGAAGAAGAUCAUUGUUACAACACAAAGUAGUCAACUCAAAACCAACUAGUCGACUAAAGUAACGAUCGAAACCGCGCCUGGUUUCACUUGGGCUUGGUGAAAGUCCCGGCUCGUGUGUCCCUCUCGGGCCGCGGCUCAAUGCAAAGGCUCUACGUGCUUUGAAGGAGCCUUCUGGGGAGUUCGAGACGUUUUCCAACCUGUCCCGUGUUGUCUGUGACUGGAUCUUUGGAUCCGUCUUCCUGCUUGAGACCUUCACGUUGGUUAUUUUGCUGGCUCACGGCCUGGUUUUGCCUCUUUGGACAGUGUCUGGUUGUUCAUGGAGACGGGUCAGAUGUUUGGAGACUGGACCAGUAGAAGAGAGCUCCUGGUUCAGGCUCUCCUACCUUUCAUUCUGAAGUCAUCACGUCACCUCCAUUUAUUGUAACACAACUGCAGACGAGAAGAGCAAGAUUCCACUCAAAAGACAGCAAACCGGUUUCUCCAAUUAAACAAAAGGGAUGUUUGGGACUCGGAGCGUAGACCAGAGAAGUGAAACUAACUAACUAAGGACUACAAUGAAUGUUGACGGACUGGAUUUUCCAGUGGAUUUCCUCGAGACACAUGUAACGGACAUAACCACCAAUUUUUCAUACACCUCUACAUGAUGUCAGAGUCUGGAGGGCGCCCUUCCUCUGUCUCCUCGGUCUGUUCCAUCUCUCUCCUGGAGGUCAAGGCUGAGACUCAUCUGGUGAUCCAGGCUUUCCUCCAUCGAGCCCUCUCCACCCCUCUGAGUGAGAGGCCUGGCCCAGUGGGAGGGGCCUACAAAGAGCACAACAAGUACAGCUCCAAGCCGCAGCCAAAGCCCGCCUCGGAUCGUCAGGCAAACGGCUCCAACUCAGCAGAUGAGAAGAGGACUGGAUUCAAGGAUUUGAUAAAGCAGCUUCCCCGUCACAACAGCAAACAUUUUCCUGCCCAAGACCCUAGAGGCUCAUUGGACAGAGACCCUAAGACGAGAGUGUCUCACCUGAGAGAUCACACAGAUGAUGGUGUCAAACUCCCCUCCUCUACAUCGGAAGAAGAUGAAAGUGAGAAGAAACCGCAUAAGAAGCAAAAGAAGCUUAAAAAAAAGCUCUCCGAUUUCUUCAGGAGAAGGUUAGACAAACAGGAGAAAGAUGGCUGUGACACUCGUCCCAAGAGGCCUUCCACAUUGGCAAUCAACAAAGUCGUAGAGGCCUUCCCGGCCCCCAUCUCUCCCACCCACCCUCCUCAGUUCUAUGAUGAAGUAGCAGAGAAACUGGAAAAGAUUGCCCUGAGGUCCAACAGUACAAAGAAACUGAGUCCCCCGGCCCAGCUUUCACCAGGGUGUGAGAAAGAGGCAAUGGUGCAGCAGCUUGCCGAGGUGCUGUCUUUGGAGGGAGACUCUAUCAACGUUAAGAUCGAGUCGGACCCCUUCCUACGGAACAGUCUGGCCCGGCUUUCCUAUGCAUCCUACUCCAAGCUUCUAGACUUUUUCGGGAGCAGCCUGGUAUCCGGGUCAUCCGCCCAGCCGCCGUCCGCUAGUCUGACGCUGCAACGGCUGGCUGUCAGCAUGGAGGUCUCCCGGAGGAUAGUUACAGCCACCGGAGUCCAGCGCAUGCAGGGCUAUGCAGAGUGCUACAUGGAGAGCUUUGCCCCUUGGGUCAAGAGCCACGGAGGAUGGGAGAACGUGGUACACCUGGAGGAGCCACUGGAGUACGACUGAGACUACUGGUCAACCCAAAAACACUGAGUCUCUUCUGGACUGUGACAAAGCUCCAGAAGGCCCUUUGAUUCAUGUCCAUGUGUGAUUCAGAAAGUUCUGUCUUUACAUGGUCAGAAGAAGAAGCUGUGUAUAUGAUUUCAUUCAAGGACCUGCUGAUUGAGAGGAAUGAAAUGUUCCACUUGUUGCAGUUCCAGGUUUUCUUACUGCAGAUCUGUGUGAAAAAAAGCCUUUUGACUGUAUGUAUACUUUAUAUGUGUGAAUUGAAGCUGCCUCACUGACAGCGUGUGAUGCUCCCAGAGCUUCCACGCUGCCUCCUGGAUCAAUCCGCAGCCGUUGCAGUGCUGAAGAUCCUGCAGCAGCUUCCAUCACAAGCAUCUUUUUUACUGUUGAUAGGUUGUUACAGGUACUGCAAUCAUUUGAUCACUGUCAAAUACAUUUAGGGAUUUUUUGUGGCGAUGGCGGGGCCCAGCAGAGUGAUGACACAAACAUUUGAAGUUGAGCUCGAGGCCAUUUCAAUAUUGUCCUUCUAUUAUUCGUUGUAUGUUUAUUUAAAGUUUUACUUCCACAUCUGAGGAAGAACAGAACCUUUCACCUCCUCAAUGCAACAUAUUGUGUUGAGGCUGUGAUUAGGGAUGACUUAUUUUAUUAAAGAAAAGGGAAGUCUUUAGAUUUCUGGGGAACUGACUCUUUAAUAAAACCAGGAUCUCUGGUCUUUUGCUGAUAUGUCCGACACUUACCAAGCCUGUUUGCAAAUGUAAUAACAUAACCACAAACCCUUAAACCUGGAGGGUAUUGCACAAAGGUAGAAUCAAUAAAUCCAGGAUAAGCGAAAAGGCACAGCUUGACUUGGUGUGAUCUUAAUUGGUUGCCGAGUCGGGCUGAGAAGGAGGAGCCAAGUCCAUUCAGGUGCACAUAGCUGGGAUAAGUGCACGUCCUCUGCUUUCUUAAGUAGACCACGCUAAUCGACAGAUUUACUGAUGCACGAGGGGAGAAGCAGCUUAUUUUUCACCCGCUGAGCAGCAACUGAUCAAAUAUAUGAGGAGGUGAAGCAUAAAAUAUGCAAAAAAAAGGAAUACGGCAGCUGUAAUUAAACAGAAAAAAAGCCUGGCAGACAAUUGUUGACCAACUGAAUGCUGAAGGGAUUUAAAAAUAUCUACUACUAGGAAAGUUGUACACUCCGUUUUAAUUGGAUUUAAUAUGAUUGUUUUAUGUGUUGGUUUUAUUGCUGUAUCUGUUCAUGUGCUAAAUGUGCUGUUUUUACUGUAUUUGAGUAGCCUAGCAUGUAAAACACUAUAUGAAUAAUAACAAUGUAUUAUUAUUUAGCCUAUACUUUGCCUUAAAAGUGAGCAGAGGAAAUGAAUGUUCCCCUGUAAAUGUGCCUUAAAGACUAGGCCUCAUUUCAAACCCUUUUCACAAUGCGAGAAUAUGUUUUACAAUAUGCACAAAUCUCUGUGAGUGCCUUAACGGUUUGCCUGCUCACAUAUUUGAUCUAAACUGAUUUUAGCAGUUAAAAAAGGCUCAUUUGUCUGGCACUGGGGGCCGGCACCAUGGAGGCUUCACCCCAGUUUAGGGAUGGUCCCUUGUUUCAAAGGAAUGCCUGUAAUGGAGAGGAUUCAGGGUGGGACAGCUACUGACUCUAUUCCACCUGCACAAACUGCCCUCUUAAUACUGUGGUGGAAAUUUGUGGAUUGAAGCUGUAGGAUACUAAAAAAUAAAUUGACGACCAGGUUCAUAAAUUAUUAAUUAAAAUUAACCAUAGAUAUAAUGCAUUUAGCACACCAAAAUACAACCAUGAUUCUGGAGAUAUAUAUUCAAUAAAGUAAUGGGAAUGUUAUAAAACUACUGUAAUUUGGAUAACUGUAAUAAAUAGAAUAAUGCCAAUGUA